AUGAACAUGACGUUCAAGAUGCAUCGGUUCAAUUCCAUGUCCAAACCGGCCAGCCGGUUUGUCUUGGAAUUUGAUGCUGUCCUCCUGACAGCCAUCUGGGGUUCGAUUCAUCGCGCCUGCCCGACUUGCAAAGAAUUCCUUCAGUUUGUGGACGAGAAGAGGUUGAUCUUGUUUGCAAUGUGUACUGACGUGGCCGACGAGGGGAUGGCCCUCACCCGCCUGAGUGACAGCGAAAGCUACGACAUAGCAGAGAUGAACCUGGAGUGCACCGCCUUCCUGUCGCGACUGAAAUACCUCUUUCUCGAGGCGAACGUGAUCGAUUCGCCGGGGUACACGCGCUUUAUGAUAGAGGCCUUGAACAAGAACCGCGGCUUUCUCUGCGAAGGGACACCCAAGUCCGUGGGCGGACCCGGAAAAGUGACUGCAGCUGUGGUCUCAGAGUGCUUGGGCGUCAUGUCAACCUACGUGGCUCUUUGCGCAAAGACUAUGGCGGCGGAAUAUCCGAAGCACAACUUGGUCUCAUCCUUCGAGCCCUUUGAUCUUUCCAAAGCUCGGCGCUCCAAGGGUGAGGACACGGUCGAGAUGGUGGAGGCAGGCCUCACUCGCCUGGCGCAGGUCUUCUCCUUGGACAAGGACACCCUGAU